AUGCGACCAGUCCUGUCCUCCUAUCCUGUCAAUCACGAAAAUCGCUCAUUUCAAUCACAAUGGUAUCAGAAUCGUCCAUGGCUCGAAUAUUCUAUUAAGAAUGACUCUGCUUACUGCUAUUGCUGUCGGCAUUUCGGUGAAUCAGUUCAAACUAAAUGUUUUCAAAGUGAUGCUUUCACUACAGGCUUCAACGCGUGGAGACGAGCACUCGAAAAAGAUCGUGGUUUUGAUAAACACGUAAAAAGUAUUCUCCACAUAACCGCAGCAAAAAAUUACGAUGGAUACAAGAAUCGUUUACAAUCAAACACCAGUGUAAUUAAUUUACUUGAUAAAUCCAGAACGGAGCUAAUCAAACAAAAUCGAGCAAAACUGAUGAAAAUCUGUUCAACAAUUUUAUUAUGUGCCCGCCAGAUGAUCGCUCUGAGAGGGCAUGUGGAAAACGAAGAAUCAAGAAACCGUGGCAACUUUAUCGAAAUAUUACAAUGGGCUUCAUCAACGGAUAGUCUCGUGAAUUCAAUUCUGAACGAUUCAAACUCAAAUUCUACUUAUUUAUCGCCUACAAUUCAAAACGAAAUUUUGAACAUUUUAGCUGAUCAAAUACGGCGGAAGAUUUCUGGUGAGGACAUAACUGGCAAAGAACAAAUGUCAGUUGUACUUCGAUAUGUUGAUGCUGAGAACGAGAUACACGAACAUUUCAUGGGAUUUAUAAAACUUGAUCAAUUAGAUGCGAAGGCGUUGUCAGACAAAUUAUUCGAAUUUUUGCAGAAGUGUGAAAUUCCAAUUGAGAACUGUAUUGCACAAUGUUAUGAUGGUGCCAGUGUUAUGAGCGGUAGUCAGGCGGGUGUUCAGACUUUAAUGCGACAAAACUAUAUGCCUAGAGGAAUUUAUAUACACUGUUUCGCCCACCGUCUUAACUUAGUUAUUGGUGAUGUCUGCAAAGUUGUCUCUUAUAUUGAUGAAUUUAUGGCAAUUUUAUCAAAGAUACAUGAAUAUUUUACUUGGUCAAGUGUUACCAAUGAAUAUUUUCGUCAUGCUCAAUGGUCACUUCAAUUAGAUACUUCUUCUAGUCUUAAGCGAUGGGCACAAACUAGAUGGGAUAGUAGAUGGAUUUCUAUUGACGCCUUAAAGAAUAAUUAUUCAGCUAUUAUCACUGCGUUGAGUGAUCUGAUUGAUAACGGAGGGCACAGAGCAAUUGAUGCUCGAGGACUUCUAGCAGCUACUCAAGAACCAUUGUUUCUCGUCUCUAUGUUCAUUCUGCACAUCUUGCUUGGUCCAAUCAAGAUACUCAGUGAUCAAUUAAAAUCUAUCUCAAUUGAUUAUGCUAGUGCGAAAGAAUUCAUUCGAUCAAUAAUUGACCAAAUUAAAUUUAUGCGCAAUGAAACAACAUUCAAGUGCUUAAUCAACGAUGUUGCAGACUUUGGAAAGAAGCACAACAUCAAUUUGGAUCAACCAACAAGACUCCGACGAAGAGCCUCGAUACCUACCAGAUUUAAAGACUCAGUUAUCUUUACAACAACUAUUGGUCAACGAGAUCGAGGAGACCAGCAAUCAUUCAAGUCAAAUGAAGACAAAUUUCGGCAGGAACUAUUCUAUUCACUUAUUGACUCUAUACUUCUUGAACUGAAUGAUCGUUUCGGCGAUGAAAAUAUCCUUCUUCUUGCAAGCGUAUCAGCUGUUCAUCCGAAAAAUCAAAAGUUUUUGGAUACUGAAGAACUCAAACCACUAGCAUCUCAUCUUACAAUUGACAUUAAUCAACUCGAUAACGAACUCAAUGUUGUCAAACAUUUUAUUCGUGAGAAACGAACAACGAUGAAUACCACCAAAGAUCUAUUGACUGAAUUGGCACCAGUGAAUGACGCAUUUCCAGCAACAACUUCUCUACUGCGGGGUGCUCUAUGUUUACCUGUCUCAUCAACUACCUGCGAACGCAGUUUUUCUCGUAUGAAAUUGAUAAAAACAUAUUGUCGAAACUCAACAGGUGACGAGCGUCUCAGCGAUCUUACAGUUUUAGCUGUUGAACGGACUUUCAACAUUGAUUUGGAAGAAACAGUUGAUAUAUUUAGUACAAAUCACCAAAAUAGUCGCAUUUUGCUUCGAUAA